AUGGUCCGCAUCAAGCCUCCGGCGACGGGUCACAGUCCGGAGCCUCCGGCGACGGGUCACAGUCCGGAGCCCCGGAGUCCCGGCGACGGGACACAGUCCGGAGCCUCCACAGUCCGGAGCCCCAUGGGCCAUCUACCCGGACCCGUGGUCGGGGCGGCCGGUGUGGAGAAUGACAAGCCUACGAGGACAGUCCAUUCAUUCGCCGAAAACGACGAGCCCCCGUUCGCUGAUUCUAGCAGCGAAGAGGGCAAACCGGAGGAGUCCAAGCCAUGCACUUCCACCGAUGAUGACCGCUCUCUGGCUGGACAAGAACAGGUGGUCGCACCAGGCCUAGCCACACCUCCAAACAAUGCCGGCGAAGACCCUACUAUCUUGGACCCAGACUCAGAUUCGUCGCUCCCCAUCCCAGAUGACAGCGGUGGUGCUGCUGCUAAAUCUGACUCCCAGACAACAACAAAAAACAUAAAAGAUCCCGCAAACACUUACCGGACCACAGGUGGCUAUGAGGCAGCACACCAUUGUGGGCAAGCCAGUAACGGAGCCUGUGUCGACAGCCCAUACCGCUAG